ACCGCAUCCAUCCUGCACUCAUUCAGUCAAUUGAUCUUCAAAUCACACCUUAACAUCAAAGUUCAAAAUGCGCGCCUCUAUCAUCCUUUCCGCACUCAUCGCGCCUCUGGCCGUUUCCGCUUUCCCAGCAACCGUGGACAGCAGAUUCGCUAUCGAGGAGCGACAAGCAGCCCCGGUAAAGCCAGCACCAUGCGUCCGCAACCCAAGCGCAACAGUUCAGGAAACCGAACAACGCGCUGCUGCCUUCGCGGAUGCUUUCAUCCGCAAGCCAGAUAUUAGCAAGGCGUUUACGUUCAUCGCCAAGGACUACAUUAACCAUAACCCUUCUGUGAAGAACGGCUCAGACGCUGCUUGGGAAGUUUUGUCGCCAAUCUGGAAUCAACAGAAGAUCAAGGUUCUGGGCACGGCAUUCAAGUCGCCGCAGAGCUGGGUGAACUAUCAAAGCGACUUUGGAAGUGUUGUUGAUCGGUUUCGAUGGGAGGGCGGAUGUAUCGUUGAGCAUUGGGAUCAAAAUGAAGUAUUCCCGACAAAUCCUACUGGAACGGACAAUGGAGCAGGGCCUAAAUGCAAAAGGUCGUCGUAGAUUGAAAUCGAUCUGAGCAUUGCUCCAACGCGUUGGAUACGGGCACGCAUAUAACAAUUUACAAGGAUAUGCGCAUGGCGAGAUUCAAUUCUGGCAGGGUGUUCCUGCUUCUCAUGUGAAUAUUUAUUAGCCCGCGCACCGAUCUUGUGACCCACAUCAUGUUAAUCCGCUACAACGCCCAAGCAACUGUGACAAACAUAUCGCCCCUCAUGAACGAUGCCGUUCCUAGAAUCCCCUUGAAAGUCGCUCUCAGACCAGCCCGUCUUAUAACACUGGCGCAAUCCCCCCUCAAACAUCGAGGAUGGUCUUCCCCUUCCCCUCCUUAUUUUCGCCCUCCGGCCUUACGCUCUCCUCCGAAGGUCUUGCAGCGCCUUCUACGUAAAGCUCCGCAUCCGCAUCCGCAUCGAGGUACUCCUCACCCC